AUGCCCUCCCCAACAGAUAAUGGGCUUCAUUCUGGCUCUCCUUCACCAAUCGCAGAUCAAGGGGACGAUGGCGAUGCUGCGAAUAAUGAUCAGGGACAGAAUUGGCUAACCAUUCGUCGAAGGUGUGAGCUCUGCAAGCAAAGAAAGGUAAAAUGUGAUAGAGGCCAGCCUUCCUGUGGUUGGUGCACCCGCAAUGGCGCCAUCUGCGAAUAUAAAGAGCGGAAGAAGCCCGGUCUGAGAGCUGGGUAUGGUCGAGAAUUGGAGCAGAGACUGGACAGGUUGGAGGACAUACUUCGGUCUCAUGCUCAAAUACUCGAAUCCUCCUUUACAAACAACAGCAACAGCCUUCCCAGCGACCAUGAGACCCCUCAAAGCGUUCCAGGGUAUCGAGCAGCAGAUCCUCGACAUCGAAACCAUAUUCCACAUGCUGAGACUGCUCUUUUCCUUCAAAAGCCCGCCACUUUCAAUGGCAAUCAAUCGAUAGACUUUGGAAAUCCAAUGCCUCAGACUCCAUCCAUUUCUUCAAUCCACGGCGACGUCUUCCAGCAGAGCAUGCAACAACAAAACCAUAACCACACGCAGCCAAUGCAAUCCGGACAAGCCCCUGAGUUCUACAGCACGAAUCAGCCUCCACUCGAAUCGCCGAGUCUAAACAUACAACAAAAUCUACCUGAGUUCACUACAGAUCACGCUCUUCCGCCAUACGACCUGCUCUAUGCUCUUGUAGACCUCUAUUUCAAGUACGUCAACACUUGGUGCCCAAUUCUGCACCGACGAUCAACUCUCGACUCUCUGUUUGGCCCGUCGACACUCGAUGAAGCAGACCGAAUAUUGCUGCACGCCAUUGUAGCGACGACCUUGAGAUUCUCGACGGAUCAACGGUUGACAGAGGACAGGAGGCGACACUAUCACGACAUAUCAAAGCAGAAAGUUCUCCUGUAUGGACUGGAGAACUCAUCUGUUAAAGCUCUCCAAGCUUUGGUUAUAUUGGCCUUGGAUCUCGUGGGAAGCAGUAAUGGUCCUCCCGGAUGGAAUCUAUUGGCUUUGAUCACUCGAUCUGUUGUUCAACUAGGACUUGCUGUUGAGACCACAUCAUUCUCCGUGUCCCCUAUGUAUCCCUCGAUCUACACCCUUCGAACUAUGGUUCUGCCCGAAGCCGAUAACUUCAUCGAAGAAGAAUCUAGGAGACGCCUUUUCUGGAUGGUAUACCUCCUUGAUCGGUAUGCCACUAUUGCCACCGCAUUCGAGUUUGCUUUGGACGAAAAAGAAAUCGAUCGAACCUUGCCCUGCCGGGAUGAUCUUUGGAACAAAAACCAAAGCGUCCAGACAAGGUGGUUCCGUACAAGUGAGAGGACGGAGUACGAUAUAGACAAGCCAGAAAACCUGGGAGCGUUCUCCUAUUACAUCGAGAUUCUAGGGAUAUUGUCUCGAAUUCACAAAUUCCUGAAGAAGCCUGUGGACAUCAGUGCCUUGUCUGACGUGGAACAAUGGCAAGGGGAAUACCGGGAGCUCGAUAACAGGCUUACAUCUUGGAAAUUCGAUCUUCCGGCAGAUUAUGGUAAUAUGGCAAAGCUUUUCCAGCCAGGAGGGAAAAGCACCAUUAACUGUGGUUGGGUAAUGUUGCAUGCCACGUAUCAUACCACCGUCAUCAGACUCCACUCAUCGGCUGCCUACCCCACAACUCGCUCACCUAUCUUCACCCCAUCUUACAGCGCGAGCCAACGGUGUCAUGGCGCAGUUGAGAACAUCGCUGCGCUUGGGGAGUUUGUUGUUUCCAACGGCAUGCUCCCCAAACUCGGGCCUCCUUUUGCCUUCACUCUUUGGGUUGCAGCCAGACUCUUACUUGUUCAUGGCUCAACAAUCGAACAUAAACUGAGUCCUCAGAUCCAGUUUUUCGUUGACACUCUGCGAGAGAUGGGUCGGUACUGGCUUGUCGCUGAGCGAUAUACGGCCAUCCUUCAGCGCGUUCUGGACGAGCACCGAGACUCGGAGCAAUCAGCUGCUACUAAUGGCGAGCGUGUUACUCCAUCGUCUGUGAAGAUCCUUGCGGAUAUGAGACGUUGUGCAUAUGAUCUUGACUUCUUGAUAUCGCGGCAGCCAAAACAUGUUGGGAUGGUUUCCCGAAUGCCGAGCGUUACACCAGCCAGAACACCAGCGCCCAAUGAGCUCGAAUAUCUGGAUGUCUUCGACUUCUUCAACGUUCCCAGACUUCCCGUAGCUCCUGGAUCAGACACGGGCCACGUCUCUGGAAACGGAGCCGACAUGCAUAUGGCUGAGAUGAUCAAUGGGUCAAACGAGUUCAAUAUUACCAACUUCAUGGUGGAUGCCAGCUCGGAUUGGCUUUUCAAAAACCAAAGUUGA